AUGACUACCAAUUUGUGCUCUGUUAGGAAAGUUAAUGCGUGUGCUGAGAAGGGUAACAAAUACUGGCGAUUUUCAACCACUUCGACCUGUUCUUUAAAGAGACGGAGAAGGGAGGAAUAUCAGAGCUUUCCACGAAAAUCGGCGAAGAAACGUCGAAAUACUCAAAACGCUCGUGUUCAACAGAAGCCCAGCAGGACUUCAAAAAGCUACGAUAGAGCAAAGAGAAAGCAAAAGCUGCUUAAAAGAGAUGAGAACUCACGAAAGCGUGAAACUUACAGGAAAAGUCAGGCAGCCAAAGAAAGAGGUAACUUUCCAACUUGCCAGGCGCUUAAUCGACUUGACCGACAGUGUAAAUCAAAGGCUCUUGACCAGAGCGACUUCUGCAAAAUUCAUCAGUUUCAUGACAGCACCUCUGGACAGGUUCAGUGUCUGGGAAUUAACAAACGAUUCAAACAAUGUAUUAAAAGCAUUCCAAUAGAUGAGAAAUAUUGUAAAUUUCACAUGAGUAAGAAACAGUCUCAGCUUAAAUUGAUUUCUUUCAAAAAAUAA